CCAUGGAUGGCUAAGGGAGGCCCUCCCUGCCCGCUUGGCCUGGGCUGACGUCCUCCUUCCCCGCCUCCCUUCUUCCCUUCAUUGAAUUGAGCUGACAUUUGAAGUCACCAAAUAGGCUCCAAGCAGGCACCGAGGGGGAACAUAGAUGAACAGGUAGUCCAGAGCUAUCCAGAGGCCCUAGGGCCAGACUGCAGCAUUCUGUGGCCUCCCUGGGGCAGCAGCAGUGUCGCGGAGAUGGUUGAAUACCAGGAAUGAGUAUCUGAGGGAGGAAGGAGAAUGAGCCUCGGCGGGGAGGGUUCCUCCUGCGUCUGAUUCCAGCAGUGAGAUUCUCAGAUGCUGCUUCCACCUAGUGGCCGCUCGUUGCCCUGCACCUCGGACCACGUGAUUUCAGGGAAAAGGUCCUCCCAGGAGGAGAACUGAAACUUAGGGUGGGGACUGUAGAAACAGGGUGGAGUUAUCAGGAAGCUGCCCGGCCGGGAGCUGAGCUGAGGUCAGCUCGGCCCUGGGACAGCCCGCACAGCAGCUCAGGAUGGCGUCAGGCAGGGCACGCUGCACCCGAAAGCUCCGAAACUGGGUGGUGGAGCAAGUGGACAGCGGGCAGUUCUCAGGGGUCUGCUGGGAAGAUGAAGCUAAGACCAUGUUCAGGAUUCCCUGGAAGCACGCCGGCAAGCAGGACUUCCGGGAGGAUCAGGAUGCCGCCUUCUUCAAGGCCUGGGCGAUAUUUAAGGGAAAGUACAAGGAGGGGGACACGGAAGGCCCCGCUAUCUGGAAGACUCGUCUGCGCUGUGCUCUCAACAAAAGUCCUGAGUUUGAGGAGGUUCCUGAGAACGGCCAUCGGGAUGGGGCUGAGCCCUAUAAGGUGUAUCGGCUGCUGCCACCAGGAACCCUCCCUGCUCCAGCAGGAACCCAGAAAUCACCAUCAAAGAGACAUCACAGCUCUGUGUCCCCCGACAGGGCGGAGGAUGAGGGUAUCACGAAGAACUGUAUACUCAGCCCCUCCUUGCUGCAGGACCCCCUCAAAACCGAGGAGGUGGGGGCCCAUGGGGGAGCAGGCCAUUCAAACCUGGAGAGCAGUAGCAGCAGCAGCAGCAGCAGCAGCAGCUCUGAGCCUCAGGAAGGUGCUGACACAACUGAGGCCCCUUUCCAAGAAAAUCAGGCCUCCCUGGAGCGGCUGCCCCCUCCAGACUCAGACUACUCGCUGCUGCUCACUUUCAUCUACAGUGGACACGUGGUGGGUGAGGCCCAGGUGCAGAGCCUGGACUGCCGCCUUGUGGCGGAGCCCUCGGGCUCCCAGUGUGGCAUGGAGCAGGUGGUGUUUCCCAAGCCCGGCCCGCAAGAGCCCACCCAGCGCCUGCUCAGCCAGCUCGAGAGAGGUGUCCUGGUGGCCAGCAACUCCCGAGGCCUCUUUGUGCAGCGCCUGUGCCCCAUCCCCGUCUCCUGGAGCGCACCCCACGCCCCGCCUGGUCCAGGCCCGCAUCUGCUGCCCAGCAAUGAGUGUGUGGAGCUUUUCAGAACCACCUACUUCUGCAGAGACUUGGCCAGGUACUUCCAGGGCCUGGGCCCCCCACCCAAGUUUCAGGUGACACUGAAUUUCUGGGAGGAGAAGCCUGGCCCCAACCACACCCUACAGAGUCUUAUCACAGUGCAGAUGGAGCAGGCCUUUGCCCGACACUUACUGGAGGAGACUCCAGAGGACCAGGCAGCCAUUCUGUCCCUGUUGCAAAGCCUAGGGGACCCACCUUCCUCCUCUCUGCUCUGUUCCUCCAGUUUUCUUUGAAAGAGACUUGUUUUCCACACUGUUGAGCUGCCUCCCUCGGUGAUAAUGCUUCGUGGUUGUCUGUGAUGGUUAUGUCCUUGAAGCCCUCAUGAUGUCUGACAAGUGGAGAACUCAAGCAUGACUUUUAUCUUUUUUUUUGUUGAGAUAUACCCUCUUUUAUCUCUGAGGAAGUGAACUGGGAAAGUCCAAAUGGUUUGAACUCACGGGGACCUUCUCCUCUUGCCCCAACCUGAUAGCCAAGCACUUUAUAUUUUCCUCUUAGAUCUUCACUAAGGCUUUAAAAUAAAAUUUUACUGAAAAAAGAA